AUGGCCGAACCAACCACCCUCGAUGCGCUGCAGGCAUUCCACCGCGACCUGGCUGCGGUCCGUGACGGCCGCCCUGAAGGCGCCGACUCCUUAGACAACCCAGUUAUCCAGGCUAUAUUCGAAAGAGAGCUUGAGAGAGUAUGGCAGCGACCACCAAGAGACGAAAAGAGCCGAAAUCAGGUUAAAUCCGGCAAGAUCGUGAUCGACGAAGAAGAAUAUUCAAUCAACGAAAAUUUCCAGCAGAUCGUGUUCAAUCUCGCAGACGAAGCUGAAAUUAACGAGAUCGAAGCAGCACGAUAUGUUCUUGAAGCUGAAGAAGACCCCGCGGUCAUUGGCCGCUCGCUGCUUGAAUGUGGGUUAAUACGAAUCCAUCAGCAGCGCAAAUAUGUCCUCGACUGCGUCCGUUUGAUGUUUGAGAUUGACGGAUUGGACGAGGAUGAUUUCGAUCCCGAAAUUCUUAACGGAGUACAGUUGUAUCUGUCCGCCACCGUCUUCCAAAAUUUGCCGGGUGAAACCGCAUCAUCACAGAAGAGGCUGCUACCAAGAUGCCUGUCAGCCAUGCAAGACGUGAGAGGGUGGCUUCAAAAGAUAGCCGACAAGAUAACUGCGGCAGCUGUUUUGAUCAAUGGAAGAGGAGGUCAGGUUCCUGAGGAGAUGGAAACAAUCGAGUUCUCUCGCGUCAGCCUGUACCAGCAGCAUGAGCUUCUCGCCAUCAUUCUCUGCCGUGCAAUCGAGAAGCGAGAGGCCGAAAUUAGCGAUUUCAAAACGUUCCUGCAGCACUUGAAGAAUGCUGACAAGUACGAUAUUCUUCUGGCACAUCUUUUCCCUGCUUUGGGGGCAUACAUAACACUUUUCGGCUCAACUGAAGGUGCCUCAAACCUUGCCAUGGCUAGAGAGCUUCACCCGCUCAUCACAGACGAGAGCCCCUGGCGCCUAGUAUACCUUCAGGCGGCGGUCAAGGCUUGGUGGUUGUCGGAGUACAGCGGAUGGUAUCUUGACGACUCAUUACUAGGCGGCCUAGAAGGCGUCGACCUAGAUCAAGGUAAGAUAUCUACCAUCAAUGAGCAGUUCAAAACGCUGAUACCUGUUGUAGAGGACAGACAAAGAUCAAAGCAGUUUCUGGAGGCAUUGAAGGAUGGCGCCUUUGAUUUUAUCUUGUCCAUCGCUGCAGAUGUCAAAACUCCAGAAUGGGUUGACCCUUCAAGGAUAACGAUGCGCAAUUGGCUCCAACGUAAGGCACCGCCAUUGGCGUCGGAAUCGAUUCAGUUUUCCGAUUUCUUCCAGCAAUGCCUUAUGACACAGCUGGAGGUGUUUGUGGACGCAUUCAUCUCUAACCUUCCCGAUGUUUUGCGGAAGCUGCGUGUGGAAGAAGAUGAGCAGCGGCAGCUUAGCCAGAGCCAUGAACAGGACCUGGAUUUGGAACGGUUCUUGGUUAUCAUUGCGUAUGCGUAUGAGGGACGGCCCGACGCCGCGAUGAACUUCUGGUCAGACCCCGACAGCAACCUGGCGGGUUUCAUGCACUGGGCUUCGCGAAGGGCUUCCACGCCGCUAGUCAGUUCCUUCUGUGAGAUGCUGCAAGCCAUCUCCUCCAACGAUGACUGCGCCACGGCCGCCCACGAAUUCUUGCUGGAUGAGGGCCACCACGCGUCUGGCAAGAUGAGGAGAUCGCAGUCCCUUACUUGGCAACAAAUCUUCAGGGAGCUUGUGUUCUUCUCGAAUAAGAUCAGAGAAAAGGCUCAGGCACCGCAAGUUUCGGCAACAUACCGACCAGGUCGACCUACUAGCGACCAGGCUGAGGCCGAGCCGGAAUCUACCAUGAUGCUGCAGUCUUACUUGCGACUUAUCACUAAGCUUGCUUCCGAGAGCGAAACCGCUCGGCAAUUCCUCCUCAAAGAGCCAAGCUUCAAUCUCGUUGAGAUGCUGUUCCAGCUGGCCAGCAGCCCUGUCCCCGCUGAUCUGCGGGCAGGUACAUUCCUGGCCCUGCGUGCAUUGAUCACGAGAAAGACUCAGGAGGAAGCUAACAUUAUGUGGCAAUGUCUCGAGGCUUGGAUGAACGGGGCUUACAUCGUGACCCCUCCUCAACAUCGUUCACCUCAAAGCUCGCCGGUUGUGUCCAUGGAAACCGUCAGUGAUGAUAUUUGUCAUGGCUUUGAAGAGCCUCAUGCGUUCAUUCAACUCUUGAUUGCACUUAUCACACCGCCAGAGGACAGCAGCCCUCUCAAUGAUGGUUUGCCUUUCCCCGAGAACCUUGGCUCAGCCAACCGCAUGCCUGGUAUUGAGAUUUAUGUGGAUACUGUAUUGGGCAAGGUCUUUGCAAACAAGGCUAACGAAGUCAACGACACCAACCAGCUGAGAAUGCUCCGUCUGAGUUGUCUUGAGUUUGCGGCGACCUGUCUGGCGACGUUCAAUGAAAAUCUCAUCGUCAUCGCGAACGAGACUAAUAUUCCCAUUGACUCUGCGAUGGCGGCAACGGAUCUAGCAACUUACGUCAAGUUACACCCAUUCGCUCGUGUUAUGGAAUGGAUGUUUAAUGACAAGGUCAUAAAUUCCUUGUAUCAAACCAUUCACCAAGAUGCUGUGGACGUUGGCAACGCCACCCCUGAUUCCCCGGUCAUCUUGGGUAUCCUGAGAGCCGUGGAUGUUAUCACCAAGGUUUUGGAUCUUCAGGCAACCUUCCUUGACCUUGUACGACCGAUCAUUAAGAUGCAGUCCAAUCAUAGACGGCCACCUGUAGCUAAUGCCGCUUAUGCCUCUUUUGAAGACGGCUUGGUUGGCCAUCUUGGACUUGUGGUCGACCUCGGAAGCUACUGUGGACUUGGCCAUCCCGAUUUGACACUAGCUUGCUUGAAGCUACUCGAGAAGAUGACCGCUUCCUUCAAGAUGACUUCUGCAUGGUCAUCUAGCCCUGGUCGUAAGAAUCACCGCAACAAGGCAAUUGUUGCCAUGGAGGCAAAUGGAGAACAUGAGGCUAUUUCGCGCUCUCUUGCGGCAGAGCUAACGGCGCCAUUGGACCUCGGACGUGAAGCAGAAUCACCCACUUACCUCACCAAAUCCUACAUUCUCGAUUUCAUUUUCAGCUGUUUGGCCGCAAGCCCAGACAAGCCCACGAUUGCCCACCUACUUCUUGGAUUUAAAUGCGGCCUCGACACACUGGCUGUUGACUCUGAUGGAUCCUUUGCAUCCAGAAACUCAUUAUUCCACAGCAUGCUGAGGCUUCUGUUAGAAACGCCGUUCGGCGACCCUCAGGGUAUGAGACAGUGGCUCAUCUUUUUGAAGAGCAAAUGCAUGCGCAUUCUGCGAGUGUUGUGGACGUCGCCUUUAUCAGCCCCCCUUGUUAUUGACGAGUUGAGGGACAAUGAUGUCCUCUUCCACUUCCUGCUACGCGAAGUCAUUAUCCAGCCCGCGCUGCCGUGGGAGGGACAGGACGUCAACACCCCCCAAUUCCCCCUGACCGAUGGCGCACCAACGCUGAUUGACUUCCUCGCACUGCGUAGCAUGAGCUUAGAGUACAUCUCCAUGGAGCUCUGCAGCGUCUCACAAAGCCGGAUGCCAUCCCUGAAGAGGCGAAUUUUUGAAGCCCUCAAUGGACAGAUCGUCGGCGACAACAACGAGCCCAUAACGAUACCCACAGUAUUCGACCUGUACGACUUUUUGUUACCCACUGACACCUGGGAUAUGUCACUUCCUCCACUUCAAUUCUACAAGGAACUUGACCUUAGGAUAUGCUUGGAAGAGGAUGACCACGGAAACGCCAUAUACAACAUCGACCGUGCCAAGGAGAUUCUCUUGUUGAAGCGAAGUGAGAGGAGAGAUGAUGGUGUCGUCUUGACGGCGCAGGACUACGCCACCCUCGAACGGGAGGAAGCUGCUAUCACUGACUACCUCAUCUUCACCAACCGACAAAAGCGGAUAGCAUCGCAAAGCUUGGGCGUCCUCAAGACGUGGACAAGCCUGCUGCUCGUCAUGGUGGAGUCGAACGAGUUCAAGGGGACAACGGAAGCCUCGUUCUAUCUACAGGCUUUACAGGCCAUUCUGCCCGGCCUGGAAGCGUCGGCAUUCGAGCGACCGGAAGAGGCAAUGGAGCUCGCCAAGCUGGCCAAGGUUCUCCUCUUCAAGCUCGAUCUAACCUCAAAGCCUUCGCUAGACCGAGAGAGCCAAGCUAUCGGCAGCCUCGUCAGCGACAAGCUUUACCAGCUUUUCCAGAUCUGCCUGCAGGCCAUCGGUAAGUGGGCCGGCUCAUCUGACCUUCGCGCGGUCUACUACAGCAUCUGCUACCGCUACCUGACUGGUAUGGUGGACCAGGGUCUGCUUGUCGCUGGCCGUCAAAAGACAAUCAAGACAAUCCAGAUUUACGGCGAAAGACUGAUCAACGUCAUCUGCGACGAUGCUUACGGUAGCGACGCCGCGUGCCAGACAGCCGCCUUCAUUCUUCUAAACGCCCUGGUCAACCUCGGCCGACAGGAGGACGACGCCCACAUUGUCGAAACACUCAACCGGCUCAACUUCAUUGGCAUCCUCGUCGACUCCCUUCGCACCAUCCUGCAGGACUGGUCAGAGAUUGUCCACACCGGCAACUCAGCACAGGAGACGUACGUGGCGACCAAGUUCGCGCUGCUCCUGCAGCUAGCGCAGACGAAGCCCGGUGCCAAGUACAUUCUCCACGCGAACCUAUUCAGGUCUAUUGAGGCGUCCGGACUUUUCGCUGCGGACCCUGAACUGCAAAUCGACCCAACGAACCCCAAGGCCUUGGAGAAGCACUACGAGCUCCUCGCCAAGGUAACCCGUGUGGUGAGCGCUGCCAUCGUCAGCCGGGGAUCCAGUAACGUCCUUCAAGGCCGGAGGUUCCUAACGGAGCACCGCAUGCUGGUGACGCACACCCUUAAGCGCAACGCGGGUAUCGGCGCCGUGGAAGGAGAGGACGUGUUGGAGGAGCGUAUCGAGGAGUUGGCCGAGGGCUUCAUGGUCCUGAUUGCGGCAACCGGCUUCUUGGAGUUUGAGAACGAGGUGCUGCCGGAGCCAAAGAAACAAGGUCCCGUCCUUUUCACCUAA